UAUUGCUAUCUUCUCAAAUUUCCCUCCAAUUCCCCUACUCCCCCUUCCGUCUCUCUCCUCCCUCGUCGGCCCCGCGCCGGCGCCACAAUCUCUGCCUCCGCAGCCGCGCCCGCCGCCUCCGGAGAUGUACUCCCCGCCCCACGCCGCCGACUCGGACUCCGAGGGAUCCCUCCUCUCCGACGUCUCCGCCUCCCCGCCACGCCGCCGCUCGCCUCCUCGCCCGGCGCCGCCUCCUCCUCCUCCUCCUCCUCCGCCCAAGCACCGUACUAGGCCCGCCGCCCCCACCAAACCCAAGCUCAAGCCCACGCCGCCCGCUGCCUCCGCGCCCGCGCCCGCCCCGCCGCCUCCGCCUACGCUCCGCGCCGCCGCGCUCUCCGAUCCGCACGGCCUCGCCGCGCGCAUCGCCGCCGGCUCUGCUCUCACCGCGGCCUCCGGCACUGCCUCGUCGUCCUCCUUCCGCCGUCUCGUCCAGUCGCGCAACCCUUCCUUCGAUCCAGCCACCGCCUUCACGGCUCCCGCUUCGUCCGCUCCCUCCGAGGUUCCGAGCGCCGCUCCGCGGCCGCCCCCGACCGCCGCCACCGACGCGCCGCCGCAGACCAGGCCCAAGCGGGUGCACCCCAACUCCGUGUCGGAGGUAGCGGCCGCGUCGGCGGCGGCGGAGCAGCCGAAGCGGGCAAGAGGGGGAUCCGAGGGCAACUUCGUGCGGCUGAACAUCAACGGGUACGGCAGGAGGAGGACGUUCAAGAAUUCGCAGGCCAAGCGCUCGACGAAAUGUCGAUCCUGGCGGCGGCAGCGCGCCGCCGGUGCAACACCCCGUUCUCAGGGCGACGAGGAAGGGGAUCUCGUGGCGGAGGCCCUGCUGGAGCGGGAGAAGCAGGCAGCUAGCGAUAGUGUUCUGGAGGCUGUCGAGAGUGUGAGGGAGGACCCAUCGGAGCAAAAUCUCAAGAGCUUGCUGAAUGCAGCAUAUGGGCACGAUUCGUUCCGCCAGGGGCAGCUUGAGGCGAUCCAGCAAAUUGUUGCAGGGGAGUCAACAAUGCUUGUGCUGCCCACCGGUGCGGGCAAGUCGCUAUGCUACCAGGUGCCUGCUAUGAUUUUGCCUGGACUGACACUGGUGGUGAGUCCACUGCUUUCCUUGAUGGUUGAUCAAUUGAGGAAGCUCCCUGCAUUUCUGCCAGGUGGCCUUCUUGCGAGCAGUCAGACAUCGGAUGAGUUUCAUGAUACACUACAAAGGCUGCGUGCAGGGGAAAUAAAGGUGCUUUUUGUUUCCCCUGAGAGAUUCUUGAACGAAGAAUUCCUCCUGAUAUUUAGGGACACACUACCAAUAUCUCUUGUGGCGAUUGAUGAAGCUCAUUGCAUUUCUGAAUGGUCUCAUAAUUUUAGACCUUCAUAUCUGAGACUCCGAGCGUCACUACUUAGGAGAAAGCUCAAUGUUCAAUGUAUUCUUGCAAUGACUGCAACUGCAACGACCCAAACCUUGGAGGAGAUAAUGAAUGCCUUAGAAAUACCAUCUGAUAAUCUCAUUCAAACAUCUCAAAUAAGAGAAAAUCUACAGCUGUCUAUCAGCACAAGUGAUAACAGACUGAAAGAUUUGAUGUUAUUAUUGAAGUCUCCCCCUUUUGUUGACAUGAGAAGUAUUAUCGUCUACUGCAAGUUUCAGGCAGAAACUGACUUCGUCUCUAAGUACUUGUGUGAUAACAACAUUACUGCCAAGAGCUACCAUAGUGGACUUCUGAUUAAGAACAGGAGCCGUGUACAGGAGCUAUUUUGCUCUAACAAAAUAAGAGUGGUUGUUGCAACUGUGGCAUUUGGCAUGGGUCUUGAUAAGAGUGAUGUCGAAGGGGUGAUUCACUAUAGCUUGCCAGAAAGCUUAGAAGAAUACAUCCAGGAAACUGGGCGUGCUGGAAGGGAUGGACGGUUAUCACACUGUCAUCUACUUCUUGACUCAGCAACAUUCUAUAAGAUCCGUAGUCUUUCACACAGUGAUGGUGUUGAUGGAUAUGCAAUGAGCAAAUUUCUUUACCAGAUAUUUUCCUCUGAGAACACAACUGGGUGCAUUUGUUCAUUGGCUAAAGAGUUGACCUCACGCAAGUUUGAUAUAAAAGAAGAGGUGCUUUUGACAAUUCUCACACAGCUGGAAAUUGGUGAUCAACAAUACAUCCGUUUACUUCCUCAGUUCAGUGUUACCUGCACACUGUAUUUUCACAAGACAUCACCACAACUGCUUGCUGACAAGGAUAUACUAAUUAGAUCGGUUUUGAAUAGAUCAGAGAUGAAGGAUGGACAUUAUGUCUUUGACAUACCAAGAAUAGCUAAUGAUCUGAAGAUCACUAUGAAUGAAGUAUUUGAUCACCUACAUAAACUAAAGUUUUCAGGAGAAAUAUCAUUUGAAUUGAAAGAUCCUGCUUACUGUUAUGUGAUCUUGUGGAGGCCAGAUGACUUCAAUGCUCUUUCAGCAAAUCUCACAAAAUGGCUUUCUGAAGUAGAAAGCUCAAAGAUCAGUAAGUUAGAUGCUAUGUUUGCUCUUGCAAACUUUGCUGUCAAAGGGUGUAAAAGGACGGGAGGAUGCUCUGGUUCCCAGCACACUCCGUGCAUUCAGAAGAAGAUUAUGGAGUACUUCAGCAAGGACGAUGGCACCUCAGAGAAUGAUUGCCGCACUCAGCUGCAGAAGAGCAGCCCAUUCUUGCAAGCCGAUAUAAAGGUGUUCAUUCAAAGCAACUCAUUCGCAAAGUUCACCCCGAGGGCUGUUGCGAGGAUUAUGCACGGCAUCUCGAGCCCUGCUUUUCCAUCUGUCACUUGGUCCAAAAAUCACUUCUGGGGACGUUAUGUGGAGGUUGAUUUUCCACUGGUCAUGGAAGCAGCCAAAGCUGAACUGGUUAAACUUGUCGGAAAAGGGGAACAGUGCUAGCAGUUGGCGAUCAAGAACAGUUCUUGCCCCCAGCUACCUGUACAUACAUACUCGUAUGCUUGCAAGCCACCGCGGCCACCCAAUCAGAUAGGCAUCUAAAGGAGGCACGUAAAGAAGGCGUUGCAGUGAGCAUCCUCCUGCAGAGGAAACUUCUGCUAGGUAUGCGUGUGUCUACCCCAGGAACGCUUUCCCGUCGAGCUGGCUAAGAGGCUUUUCUGCCAUAUGAUUGAGGGGUGCCAGCUCAGUAAUUCUGCUUGGGUGAAGAGAAUGAUGCCGCUCGCACGACUGGAGUAUAUCGGAAGCAAGAGUCAGAAGCAGAACCCAUUCUUCUUGUACAGACAACACUGCUCCAUAUCUAAUUAUCGUUCUCCUUUUCCUUUCCAAAUGAGAAUCAACUCUUCGACGGGCGGGUAAAGUGUGAAGUGUCACAGUAAAGCACCGGAAACCUGGUUGCCACUGCAGUAUCUCCUCUCUUCACCAUGGGCCAUCCUUGCGUAGACCCAAUUCUGUUACGUUUCCACUGCAAAAAAUCUCCCCAAGUCCCAGGUGGCCAGGUACAUAUCUAUUUCCCCGCCCUCCUAUUCUCAUUUGCUUACUCCCUUCGACCCAAAGUUAACAUGACACAUGAUGUAUGGUGUGAUAUAUUUUAAUACUACGAAUACGAAUUUAAAUAUUAUGUGUUAUAUCUUGUACUAGAUUAAUUUAUUUCGGAUCGAAAGGGUAUUAUACCCUGAGGUGGAUGCGUGCUAGUGUACCGUAGCAUUUGCCAUGGGGCGCCCCAUGUGCUUUCCUUCUGUCUCUUGGCCCAUUCUUGCGCGGCUUCACUUCACGUGGAGCGAGAGCGAGCCAUUCUUCACGGGGCAUGCGGCUUCACGAAACCAGAUUCAUUUGACGUGCGUGCGGUGAUUGCUCGUCGCUUCGCUGGAUCUGAGUGACAAAGGGUCCUGCACUUGAUUGCGUAUUUUCAAUCAGUAUAGCUGGUGUAUGUACGCCUGUACGGGGGCGGCUGUAGCCGGGGACACCGUGUCUAACCUAAUCUAUGUGCGACGAAGGAGAACCGUGGGCUGCUCAAGACGAUGUUUGUGAGGUUGCAUCAAAAGAUGUUACCCGCACGGUUGCCGCAGUUUACCAGGCUGACACGACACGGCAAAUGUAUUUUUAGCGUUAAGCCAUGUGUUAGCAGGUUUAAUGUUGGGAUUAAAACCGCUGAAAACGAAGGUGGUUGUUGCCUUCAGAAUUAGAUUAGAAAGAUGCUCCACAUCAAUUUACUAAAGUACAGCGACGUGUAAGGGGAGCGAAGAGGCAUAUUCGGCGGCUCCAACCUGGCGACCCGAAGCAUAUUCAGCCUCCUGCCCAACAAGGCAUUUAGCACCGAAGUCCUACGUGCCAACGUGCAGGGAAGUUCCUCGUGCUGUGCACAGUGCACAUUGUUUCUUUGCCGUUGAAGAUUAUACAGUACAUUCUUUUUGCAACACGUACAUAUUAUGCUA